AUGUUUGUGGCCAGAUUUGUUACUAAUAAGUUGCAGCCACUAACGGUAGACUUCUUACUGGCUUCGAACAUUAGCGAGGGUGAGAGCCUUAGGGCUAACGCUAAGAGAUAUUACGAGGUGUUCAAUCGAAUUCCUGCUUGCAACCAGGAGUUGACGGUCGUGUCCUUUAAGAACAGCCUAGAUGAUGAAUGCUCGCUUCGGAAAUCACUAGCAAAAACUCUACCAAAGAGUAUGGAGGAGCUCAAGGCACGGAUGAAGAAGUAUGCCAGAGCAAAAGAGGACACGCAGGGGACAAAGGCACCAAAGCAGGAGAAGAGAAACGGCUCACUGAAGCGAGGCCGAGGUAACAUUGGCUUUAACAGGAACCAACCGUAUUACAGAGCGCCGGAGAAGAUCCCUGGCGAGUUUAUGAGAAAAAGCCUUACGAAGUAUUGUGCUUACCAUAAUGAGGAUGGGCACUUGACUCAAGGAUGUAGGGCUCUGAAGACACGCUUGGAGGAUUUGGUCAGACAAGGCCACCUGAGAGACCUAGUAGACGAGACAAGGACAAAGGAAAAGCAUGCAAGGCUUCCCCAGGCACCAGCAACACCACCUUGGCCACCACCACAACAGGCAGAUGGACCUCGGGUAAUCAAUGUGAUUCACUCAAAAGUGAAUGAGAAUGAAGUACUAGGGAUACCCAAAGAGUAA